AGGUCACGCACAUCACACAUAUUUCUCUCUCAACUUUGGACUCUAAAUUUUAGUUAUUGCUUUAUCAUUCAGGAUGCUUUCGCGACGCCUCGUCAAGUCAACACCCACCCUCAGAACGAUGUCCUAUAUUCCCAAAAACCGAUUGGAUGGUAAAGUGGCAGUUGUCACGGCCUCCACCGACGGUAUUGGAUUUGCAAUUGCAAAAAGACUCGCACAAGAAGGCGCUAAAGUCGUCAUCAGCAGCAGGAAACAGAAGAAUGUCGACUGUGCGGUUGAGGAGCUAAAAGGUCAGCGCUUGGACGUUGCAGGAUUCGUGUGUCACGUGGGAAAGGAAGAAGAUAGGAAGAAUUUAAUGCAAUGUGCAAAUCAAACAUUUGGUGGCAUUGACAUCUUAGUAUCAAAUGCAGCAGCUAAUCCAGCAGUUGGAGGAGUACUUGAUUGUGAGGAAGCAGCUUGGGAUAAAAUAUUUGACACAAAUGUGAAGGCAUCUUAUCUUAUUGCCAAAGAAGCCUUACCUUAUAUUCGCAAGCGUGGAGGCGGCAGCAUCGUGUUUGUGUCCUCCAUUGCUGGGUUUCAACCAUUUGGUUUAUUAGGGGCUUACUCAGUGAGUAAAACAGCUCUUCUUGGGCUUACCAAAGCCGCCGCGCAACAGUUAAGCACUGAAUGCAUUAAUGUCAACUGCAUUGCACCAGGAAUAAUCCAAACAAAGUUUUCAGCAGCUUUGACUGAAUCACCUACAGCCCAGGAAGCCACAUUAAGCCAAAUUCCAAUGGGAAGGCUGGGUGAAGUUGAUGAUAUCUCCGGAGUUGCAGCCUUCCUCGUGUCCGACGACGCGCGUUACAUAACAGGCGAAACAAUUGUCGCUGCCGGAGGCAUGGCAUCACGACUUUAAAUAUUUAAGUAAUUUCAUACCUAUCCGACCAUCGUUCUCUUCCUGCCUCGCGCACGAACUUCCUCAAACUUACGAACAGCAUCCGCGCAAUUUUUAUACUCAUUUUUAUAUGCCUCUAAUAUAGUGGGAAAUAUUUGGUCAGCAA